UCCCUCGCGCCGGCCCUCAAGAGAGCGACGAGGAAGCGGCCGCCUCCCUGCGCCCCGCCCCACGGGCUUGCUUGGUGGCUCGAGCUCCUCCCGACUUCUCCCGGCUCCUCCCGACUUCUCCCGGCCCUCGCCCGGCUCCCUCCGGCUUCGGCUCCGGCGCAGCGGCGGCGGGACCCAAACCCGGGGUGAAACGUGCUUCUGGGGAAGGCAGUUACAUUGGUGCAGAAUGGCUGACCUCAGUCUUGCAGAUGCAUUAACAGACCCACCUCCAGAAAUUGAGGAAGAGAUAAAACGGGACUUCAUUGCCACGCUGGAGGCAGAGGCCUUUGAUGAUGUUGUGGGAGAAACUGUUGGAAAAACAGACUAUAUUCCUCUACUGGAUGUGGAUGAGAAAACUGGGAAUUUGGAGUCAAAGAAGAAACCAUGCUCGGAUACUAGCCAGGUUGAAGGUACUCCAUCCUCUAAAGCAGCAGGGCUAGCCAACGGUGACCAUGGAAUGGAAGGGAAUGAUACUGCGGGGUCUCCAACUCAAUUCCUUGACGAGAAAAUGACCUUCCAAGGAUAUCAGAACAUCCAGAACUGGCCAGAAAAUACAAACUUCUGCUUCGAACCUGAUCAGCUGGUGAAUCCUCCCCAGGCCGAUCCCUUCAAGAUGCACCAUGAUGACGGCCUGGAAGAUUUUCUCUAUCUCCCCAGUGGAACAGCCAAUGCUUCAGCAUUUACAGAACAAAAUGAUUCCCUGCAAGACAGUUACAGUCUGUUUCCCUGUGACACAUUCGCUCCUGCAAAUGUUGUGCCUCAGGGGUGGCCUGUGGAAGCCCCAAACUCUCCACACCCAGAAUCCUUCAUUUCCCCGAUGGCCACGACACAGCCUCUGCAGCCCAUGGCAGAGCCAGCCAAAGAGGUAGAAGUGAAGAUGGGAGCAGAAGAGAGGGCACCAACAGAAGCAAUGGAAAUCAUGAUGGGACUGAAGGCUGAUGACAUGACACCAUCUAGAGAAACAGAGAUGUCCCCAGCCAAGGACAUGGCACCAGCCACAGAAACAGAGGUGGCAUUGGCUAAAGACAUGGAACCUUCUACCAAAUCAGAUAUGACACUGGCUAAGACCAUGGAAUCAGAUAUGGUCCUAGUCAAGGACACGGUACUACCCAAAGAAACAGAAGAAGCCCCAGUGGAGGAUGUUGUUUUGUCCACAGAAACAGAUAUAUAUUUAGCUGAGGACAUGGUACUGCCCACAGAAACAGAGGUGGCCCCAGCUAAGGAUGCAAUACCAUUCAAAGAAACAGAGAGGACACCACCUAUAAAAAUGGAUUUGUCCCCAGAUGAGGGCAUGGUAGCACCCACAGAUAGACAGAUGACCCCAGCCAAGGGUGUGGAAUCACUCUCAGAAAUAGAAGUGGCACUAGCUAAGGACAUUGUAUCACCCACAGAAAUAGCCUCAGCCAAGGAAGCAGCCCUGUCCUCAGAAAAAGAGGUGGCCCUGACUGGGGAUAUGGCACUGCCCCCAGAAACCAAAGUUAUCUUGACCAAGGAUGAGGCACUGCUCCCAGAAACGGAAGUGGCCCCAGCCAAGGAUAUGGCUCCACAUCCAGAUACAGAAAAGGCCCCAGUGAAAGACAUGGCUCCAUCCCCAGAAACAGAGAUGGCCCUGGGCAAGGAUACAGUUCUACCCCAAGAAAUAGACGUGGCCUUGGGCAAGGACCUGGCUUCACCUCUAGAAACAGAGAUGGCCCUGGACAAGAACGUGGCUGUGCCCCCAGAAACAGAAGUAACCCUGAUCAAGGAUGUGCCUCAGCCUCCAGAAAUAGAGACAGCCGUGGCUAAGGAUAUGGCUCUGCCCGCUGGGACAGAGGUCACCCUGGCCAACAAUGUGAGUCCAGCCAAGAAUGUUGUACCACCCUCAGAAACGGAGGUGGCAGCUGUUCCAGUUAAGGACAUGGAGAUUGCGCAGACACAGGAAGAAGUACAUGAGGAGGCGCAGUUAAAAUCUCUCCGGGAUGAGGGGCAGUCAUCAACUUUUGUUGUUUCACCAGAACCAGUCACAGCUGUGGGCCCGAAGUACAGUGUGCCAACAGAUGAGGAUUCUGUUUUAGAGAAACAAGAACAAAAGACACCUGUCACUAGUCAGCCUUCUGACCUGUCUUCAGAGAGCUCAGGAAUAAGUAAGCCCGAAGAAGGACGGCCUGCUGGGAGUGUGACCGGAAAUGACAUCACCACCCCUCCGAACAAGGAGCUCCCACCAAGCCCAGAGAAGAAAACAAAGCCUUUGGCCACCACUCAACCUGCAAAGACUUCAACAUCGAAAGCCAAAACUCAGCCCACUCCUCUCCCCAAGCAGCCGGCUCCCGCCACCUUUGGUGGGUCGAAUAAAAAACCCAUGAGCCUUGCUGCAGGCCUAGUGCCGGCUGCCCCGCCCAAACGCCCUGCCGCCACCACUGCCAGGCCUUCCACCUUACCUUCAAAAGACGCAAAACCUAAGCCUGUUGCAGAGGCGAAGAUUCCUGAGAAGCGGGCCUCCCCAUCCAAGCCAGCCUCUGCCCCAGCCCCCAAGCCUGGCGCCAAGAGCACCCAGACCGUUCCAAAAGCCACAGCAGCUGCCACUCCUGCCUCAGCUGGGCCAAGCAGCAGGAGCCCCCCGACGCCUGUGCCCAAGAGACCCACCACCAUCAAGACUGAGGGAAAGCCUGCAGACAUGAAGAAGACGGCUACGAAGUCUGCACCAGCUGACUUGAGUCGCCCUAAGAGCAUCUCCACCACUCUGGUGAAGAAGAACACCACUGUCCCCGGGGCAGCCCCAGCAGCAGGGGUGGCCCCCGGCCGAGCCAGGGCCACACCCACCCCUCCUCGGCCCUCUGGAACUCCUUCCUCGGACAAGAAGCCCACGUCAGCCAAGCCCAGCUCCUCUGCACCGAAGCUGAGCCGCCUGUCCACCAAUGCUUCCACCCCUGAUCUGAAGAACGUCCGCUCCAAGGUUGGCUCCACAGAAAACAUCAAGCAUCAGCCUGGAGGAGGCCGGGCCAAAAUAGAGAAAAAAACAGAGGCAGCUGCUACAGCUCGAAAGCCUGAACCUAAUGCAGUCACUAAAACAGCCGGUCCAAUUGCGAGUGCGCAGAAACCAACUGCUGGGAAAGUCCAGAUAGUCUCCAAAAAAGUGAGCUACAGCCAUAUUCAGUCCAAGUGUGGUUCCAAGGACAAUAUUAAGCAUGUCCCUGGAGGUGGUAAUGUUCAGAUUCAGAAUAAGAAGGUGGACAUCUCUAAAGUCUCCUCCAAGUGUGGGUCCAAGGCUAACAUCAAGCACAAACCUGGUGGAGGAGAUGUCAAGAUUGAAAGUCAGAAGUUGAACUUCAAGGAGAAGGCCCAGGCGAAGGUGGGAUCCCUCGAUAAUGUGGGCCAUCUGCCUGCAGGAGGUGCCGUGAAGACUGAGGGCGGUGGCAGCGAGGCCCCUCCGUGUCCGGGCCCCCCCGCUGGGGAGGAGCUGGCCAGCCCUGAGGCAGCGCCUGAAGCUGGCGCCCCCACUUCAGCCAGUGGCCUCAGUGGCCACCCCACCCUGGCAGGGGGUGGUGACCAAAGGGAGGCCCAGACCUUGGACAGCCAGAUCCAGGAGACAAGCAUCUAAUGAUGACAUUCUGGUCUCGUCUUCCGUCCCCUGUGUUCCCCCUCUUGUGUCCCUUGUUUCCCCCUCCCCUUCCCUCCUCCCGUGUCACUGCAGAUUGAGACCUACAGGCUGACGUUCCGGGCAAACGCCAGGGCUCGCACCGACCACGGGGCUGACAUUGUUUCCCGUCCCCCCCACUUCCCUGGCGGCCCCAGCUCAGGCACCCGGGCCCUUGGCUCCCUCACCCGGGCUGCUCUAUAGACCCCACACCGCUUGGGUGCUGGGCAGUCCUCCAGGCCCCCGCCCCUUCCCCAUGCCUUGCUUGCCCAGGGCAGCAGCAGGCGCCCCUCCCCUCCCCCCCCCCCACUUCCUCCAGUCCCUGCCCUGGGCCCAGCUCCUUGCUGCUUUCCUGUCCCAUCAUUGUGCACUGCUCUGCAGAUGAGGUUGGGAGGUGAAUGGGGUGGGGAGGCCAACUUGGGAUCUCGUGGGAUCUAGGAGGGGGAUCCAGACUCCAACCUCGUCUUUGGGUUUUCCGGACCAAACCCAAGAGAAACUGACAUACCUGCCCUCCUUGCCGGCUCCACCUGGAGGGAAGAGUGAAAGCGGAUGGCCACGUGGUGGCAGGGUGCUGUCUGCGUCCCCUGGAGCCCGCUAAGCCGCCGCCUCUCCCCUUGACCCCACAGUAGUGCUCAACACGCAGGUUGGGCCAGGUGCCUCUUGCUGCCCUGCCCCAGGCUAGUUAGGGGUUGGUUCUGCCUGUGCCCGCUGCUUCCCGUACUUGCCUAGCUGCCUAGCUGCUGCCACACUUCCCUUUCUUGUUUUAUCCUUUUUUUUUUAAAUAACCUAAAAACUGGUAGAGGAGUUUUGCAGGUUGAAGCCAUGUUUAAAUGAAAGUUCUCAGUAGGUGUUAAAGGAAAUAGGGAGGGGAGAGAUCCUUAAGCCUCCAGCCGGGAGGUCAGGCAUCGGGGGCUGCCAUGGCCUGGGCAGCUUGGGGCCCCAGAGAAGUGUGGGCCGGGCGGGGGAGAUGCAGGGGCUGUGCCUGGUGAGCACAGGGCGCACUAGGGGCUGGUCGGAGCGUGGACUGGUUGUUCUGGUAUUUUGUGUGUAUGCUGCUUUUCUUUUCUAACCAAGAGGCUGGUUUUGGCAUCUCUGUCUCAUUCCCUGGGAUCUAGUGGGAGAUACAAGGUCAGGGCUGGAGAAACAGGGAAGGGCUGUGGAGGUCAAAAUCCUCCAGGCUUGCAGGCCUGUGACGCUAGAGCCCUCAGUUACUGGGGAGCCCCAGAUGUCCAGAACUCAUGUGGAUGACAGGGAAUCAGGUAUGGAAAUUUAAAAAUAAAAGCAUGAGACAGGCCACCUCCCUUACCUUACAGCCUGGCCGGAGAGUGGGGAGAGGUGAGGCCAGCCUGUGGAGGGGUGUCCCAGCCAGGGCCGGUCUUGGGAUGGCUGCAAUGAUGAGAAAUCCCGGGAAUUGUAUUGACACGAAGAUUCUUAUUGCACUUGUAUUUUUUUUUGUAUUAAAGUUUGCAUGGUUUCUAAUAAAGGAUUAAAAUGUAACAGUUUGUAGUGAAAUGGCCGGGAGUCUCCCAGGGCUUCUCCUCCGGAAGAGCAUUUUCUGCAGUGCAGACUUGCCCCCGAGGAGGUGGCCACAGACUCGGCCCCUCGUCCUCCUGCCGCUGCUCCCGGUGACCCUUGGAGCUGAGAAGGUAGGGGCUCUUGACUUAGGUUCAGAUUUGAUCUCCACGUAGAGGGAGGGCCUCAGGGCCAGCAGGUUCUCCCACUUCUGAGGUAGCAUUUUCCUUGGGGAGAUUUGAUGCCACAUCCCCAGCUCCCCAAGCACAUACGGGGGGGGGGGGGGGGGGGCUGUGGAGAACGUGUUCCCCAAGCCAAAGACUGAAGAACUCUGUGCCAAGGACAUCAGGGCACCCAUGCUUUGUCAGCAGGAGGAAGUGGCAGAUGAAGCCGUAGACAGCACAGGGUCUGAAGGGACCUGUGCCCUCCUCCUCGUGUUAGCUGCAGGCCCACACGGAUGCUGAGGCUGACAACUGGCUCUGGGUCCGAGGGUAGGGGUGGGAGAGGUGACCCUAGGAGAGCACGCUCUAGGUGGGCCGGAAUGGUCGAUUUUCUGACGGGUGGGGCUCAUCCCAGCUCCCCUGAAGUGUCCCCCAAGCCAGAGAAACUGAGAAGGCUGCCCUGAGAGCUGGGGACCAGAGGCCGCUGUGCGCUGUGUACUACCUGCAGCCAUUUGGGGGUGCGACGUUUCUGUACUUCCGGUUUGCCUAUGGCUCAGCCACUGCCCGUGUCAAUCUGUGAUUCUGUUGUACCGAUUUCAAGAGUAAAUAAAGCUCGUGAUGUCCCACCA